CAUUCCUUCGCUAUCCUCGUAAAAGCGAAAUUCGCCUCCUGGCCGCAGUGAUAGCGAGGGGCGAUAAAGAGCUGCCCGGACCCUUUUAGCUGCUGCACCAAAGCGGAAGUACUUUGGUGGUCCGCCAAGGCCAAGAUCAACGCUAGCUAACGCUAGCUAAGCAGCAAGAUGGCUCACAGGCUGCUGGUACGUAGACUUUGGACUCUCUCUGCCAAAGAUGUCCGCUGCCUCCCAGCGUCCGCCACCUCCUCUUCUUCUUCUUCUUCGUUUUCCACCUCGCUGCAGACCGCCCCGACGCGGGUCUCCUUCCUCUCUCCCCCCCGCACUCUGGCUCGCUCCCUCCCUCACGCCUCCCGCCGCGAGGUCUCCUUCAACGUCCAGGACCACGAGGACUUCACAGACCGGGUCAUCAAGAAUGAACUGCCCGUGCUCGUCGACUUCCAUGCACAGUGGUGUGGUCCCUGCAAGAUCCUCGGGCCGAGGUUGGAGAAGGCCGUCGCAAAACAGAAAGGCCGCGUCGCCAUGGCGAAGGUCGACAUAGACGAUCACACGGACCUGGCUAUUGAAUACGGGGUGUCCGCCGUUCCCACGGUAAUCGCCAUCCGGGGAGGUGACAUCGUCGACCAUUUUGUGGGGAUCAAAGACGACGAAGAGCUGGACUCGUUUGUCAGCAAGAUCAUCGAAAAAUAAACCGCCACCCCCCCCCCACCGCCCUGCCAGUCGCCCACCGUUACUGUGCUGUUUCCUAUGAUUAUUGGCGGCCAUCUUGAGCCACUUUAGCAACAGCUGCCACCAUCCCAGCUGCUCACACCCAUCCCUCGACACACCGCUCCAGCUCGGCAUUGUCGCUUCUGUCUUUGUCUCUUUGUGUUUGUUUGGGUUUUAUUGUCUAGAGAUGGGUGUGUGCUUCCCGUAACCCUUUUUUAGUUCAUGCUCCAUUUUUGAAGCGGUUCUGUUUCUCUUUAAUAAUGUGACGGCUCAUUUACAAGAGCAGCCGGGCCGGUGUGCACGUUACUUUUUCCUGUAAAAGUCUGUAGGAGUGAAAACACGCCGCUGUGCUGCACUUAUAUACUGUAUUACACGAGGGAUGAACAGUUCUAGUUUUAGCCGUGAGGAGGAUUUAAGUUAAAAGCUGACUACAGUGAAAGGGGUUUUGUGACAGUUAGCUGUAGUUCCUGCUUUUGUCCACACGAUGGCGACGUGUUCUCCAACAUCACAAAGCCACACAUGGUUAUUUUACACCAGGAUGCCUAAUAAUGUGAGAGAGGAAGAUGCUUGUGUGUGUGUGUCUCUGGGUCCUGACUGUGAAACUUAAGUCAAGGGGGAAUCACAAAUGUGAGUUUGAUUUUAGUUUUAUUACUCAAACCAACUCUAUGUACCAGAAACAUGACCAAGGGAAGUAAUAAAGGUGUCAAAAGAA